ACACUGGAGAUGUUUGCCAGGAUGACUGAUUUGUUAGAAAAGAUUGCGUUGUGUACAAUUUUUCUUGAUCAUUUUUAUUAUUAUAUACAUUUUUCCGAGGUGGGGCACUUUUCUCGCGCGCAUUUAGCAUUCUUGAUCAAGAGAGUUCAGAACGCGAGGGAAGUAGGGAAGGCAAGUGGAAGAUGAUUCAAGAAAUGUGUGCAAGAAGAAAAGUUGGUGGCUGUCUUGUGGUCCAUUGAAUCAAUAUCACAAAAAACCUCUUGCAAGUUUUUCGAGGUGAAUGGAGAUUUAAAAAAAAAGCACCAAAGAGAGAAGUUAGUGGAAGAAAUCGUUGGAAGGAGAUUGGAGAGCAAGAGAGAGAGAAAAUUUUGUUCCGAAAGCAGCGAAUAUACCCGCGCGCGGACUUUUGUGCCACCCAACAAUUUGAGGUGAGCUCAGACAUUCAAGAAAACAUACGAGUUAGUAUAGGUCUCGAUCGCGAUGUGGUUGCGUGCUAAAAGUUACUUUUCACCACGGCAGCCAGCAAUUGCAAUGUGAAGAAAAAUCCAUCAUAAGUGAGAGAGAAUUCUGCAAAAGGUAUCCAAUUUGAUCAAGUCUACAAUCGCGAUCCUUGGUAUCAGGAAAAAUACAAAAAGAAAAACUGUGCAUCUAUUCCCUGUUCUUAGGAUUACGGCAUCAACAGUAAAAAAAAAGUGAAGAAAAGGGCAUUGAUCAGUGGUUGGAGAAAGAAAAGAAGAAAAGAUCACACUGAGUGAAUGAGAAAGAUUUUUAUCAAUUCAAUGUGAUCUUUUGUAGAGAAUUAUUAAAAAAAAAUUGUGAUCUUGACUCAUAUGUGCAAAAAGGCUAAUUCUUCAGAGUCUAUUUCACCACUGAUGUGAAUUUAAACUUCAAUAAUUAUCAUUUUCAUACUUCUAUAUGCUAAUCAGCACCUUGUGAAUGUGUUUUUUCUUUCACUUUACCUCUCUCAUCUCUUCGAUGUGUUGCAAUUAUAUUUCCCUCCACUUCUCCGGGAUGCAUGCAUGUGUUUAAAAAGAAAACAAGAAAAAAAAUAAUAAUAAUAAACAGUGCUUGUGGCAAAGUGUGAAAGAGUAUAAAAUAAAUUCUUUCACUCACAAAUCAUUCUCAGGUGAUUUUUUUUGUGAGUGAUCUGUGAGGAGAAUCACCCCAAAAAAAGACAAGGAUGGGAAAAUAUUGAAAGUGAUCUUGUGCAAUUGCUCACGGAAUCAUCUCAAAAGAGAGACACAUUUGGUAAAGACGUUGGUGCAAGAAUAGAGGUGAUUGAAAAUUCAAUUGAUCACGCAUCGAGACCAUGGAAUAUGUAACAGUCGUGUCGGUGGACAAUGGAGCCAUGCUGGGCGAUAGUACGGCGAUUUGUGGAGAGAAGAAUGGUGUCUCGGCUGUGGAAAAGUCUCCAGAUUCGCCAUUUAUAACAGUCUUGGCUAUUGGAGAUAAUCCAACGGCUGCUGUCCAGGCGGCUGAGAAUGUCGUGGUUUAUAGAUUGCCGGGAGAGAGAUUGGGAUUUGGAUUGAAAUUCCAGGGUGGUACAAAGAGUAAUGAGAAAAUACAGCGUCUUUUUAUUCAGUCUUGUGCUCCUGAUAGUCCAGCCUCGAGGGCUACAGCUUCCUGGGGCUUUUUGCGAGAAGGUGAUGAGAUUCUGGAGAUUGAUGGGGUGUCUGUGACCAGGAUGACGAGGAUUGAGUGUGUGAGGUGUUUGAAGGAGAGCAAUGUGGCGAUAAAGUUGGUUGUGAGAAAUGGUGAGGGACGUCCGGCGGAUGUAACGGAAAAUCUGGGGGAUGGAAAGGCAAAUUCUCGACCGCCAAAACCACCACCAGUGCCACCCAGAAAGCUCAAUAAGAGGCGAAUUGAAGUGCCAGUAGAACAACCUCCAGCUCAAAGUCAGACAAUAAAAGAUCAGCAGAGACAUUCACUGAGGGCAGAAAAUGGAUUUACACCUCCUCCUGAUGCUGAAUUCUACCUCAAUCUCUUUUCUGAGGAGAAUGAUAGCAAUUUCCGGGGAUCAGAGUCCGAUGAUACGGGUAGUACAAUCUCAACGGUGAUCGAUAAGUACAAGGAUGUCGAUCAGAUCUCAGUGAAUUCCAGCAAAUCUGUUGAACUUGCCAAGGUGCUUAAGCCUUUUACGUUGCUAGAGAAGGAGUUCAAUGUGGAAAAUGCGGGAAAAUUGGAAGAGUGUCUCAUGAGGCUUCAGCCUCCGGCGAAAUUUCAAGAUGAUCAAGUGAUUAUUGUUCAGGAUGAACAAAAGGUGCGAAUUGUGAAUGAGAGUGAGCCAACGAGGGUGAAGGUUGAAGGAUCAGAUCCUGCGCCGGAGAGUGACUAUGAAAAUGUGACUUUUCAAUCUGCCCAGAGGCGCGCAGAAGUGCAAAAGUAUGAGAAUGUUGUAGUUGAACCUAUUCCGCCAAAACCUCUACCACGCCAAGCGAUCACGGUGGAGCCAAAGAAGAGGACUAUCGUGCCAACUGUACGUCCCAGGGAGAGUACCAAGAAAUCAGAGGAUCCGCCUAGCACGUCCCCUGAGUACACAACUAUUGAAAAUUGGCUCCAAGGUGCUCAUGAUCGAGCUCAGGAGGCCAAGAAUAAUCCACCCCUGAAGCAAUGUAUCAAAGUUCCGGCCACAGAUGAGGAGGACGAUGGAUACGUGGAGAGUUCCAGUGAUGAAGAUGUUGAGAAGGUCUAUGAGCCGAUUCUCAUGGAGAAACGUGACUCAUCCGACGGAGAAGAGGGAGAAAAACUAGGUCCACCUGAACUUCUUGCUGGUCCUGGUCCCUCUGAGGCCUAUUUCAACAAUUUUCACUGGUCCGGUCCGGUGAUGUUGCCGACAAUUGGAGAAGUUGAGGAGGAACUUUCAUCAUUGGAGCCACAAACUCAGCAAUCUGGACCACUGGUGAUCAUCAAUGGUGGUGAGGAAGUUUUGAGUGCAUCGCCCGGAGGGGAAUCAAUUGAAGCAAGAAUGGAGAGUCCAAAAAUCAACAGUGAAGAAGUGGAUGGCAAGAAAGCCGAAAGCGAUAACGUGACCGAGGCAUUGGCGAGAGAUACAGAUAUUGGGAAGCGCGAUUAUGUGGCGAAUGGCAGUGAUAAGAGGACAAAUGUGGAUGUAUCAUCUCCCGGACGCUCUUCUGCUGUGCCAUUGAUGCGUGAGAAGUCACCGUCUGAGGAAAUAACUUCAGCUUCAGCGAUCAGUGUGGCUUCAGGCGCUGCCGCAUGUGGUGAUAGUGUGAUGGACGUUACAGUGACCAAGAUCGAGAGGAUAAUUCUUGGAACAGAACACGGGACUUGUGUCGAUGUGGCAGAAAAAUCUCCAGCCACAGAUCACAUCGCGACAAACAUCAGGAAUACAAAUGCAGAGAUCGAGGGUACUCCAGACACUCAGCAAGUCAUCCAGAAGACACCCAAAACUGCUCCACAACAUAAAGAAGGUACGUGGAAUCUUUUUAUUUCUCAAACAAUAUUUUUAUUUAUCGGUGACUUCUUACCCUGGCCCUUCAGGGGACCCGGCAAAAAAAAUCCACUCAAUCUUAGCCGAUAUUUUCAUGUCAAAUUUUUUGCACCUUUGUGUGGGUGGACAGAUUGCAUGAGAAUGUGAAUUUCUCUUCCUUAUCGUUUCUCGCUGAGUGUACGGAAUUUUACUGAAAUCUCAGAAGAUGAGUCGCACAGUUUGUGGUAAAAAAAGAUAAACAUGUUGUUGGUACAAAUGGCUACACAAUGUAGUAAUUUAGGAUUGGCUUAAUUAGUCAAUAUUUACAAGAUUACUGAUAAUCAAGUGUCACCGACAUUCCUUUACCUAAAUCUACAUAGGAACUUUGUAUAAUGUGGACCCUAAAUAGGUUAAUGUCUUCGCUAAAA